AUGGACGGCAACGGAGUCGGAGAGAAGUCAUCGACGGCUGGCGACACGGAACCGUCGUCCUCCGAUGGCCUAGAAUCGGGGGAGCCGGCGUCUCCAUCGGACCCCGCCGAGUCCUUCGACUCGUUCGAAUGCUGCGUUUGCUUGUAAGAUUCGAACGUUUCGACGCUCUCUGUAAAUAUAUACAUGGUUAUACACGAUUAUACAUAUCGCUUGGGUUCCUUCUACCUGUAUUUCCUCCCGCUGGGAGACUUAUUUUUAUUUGACUUUAUCGAAUGGUAGUUUUGCGUUAGGAGAAGGGAAUUUCACUUAUUUUCCCUUUCAGGGUAUUUCCAUCCUCUUUGAUUAUAUUUAAAUCGUUUUUCUCGUUUCCAGAGUUUCCUUCGUCGGUCGAGUAGAUUGUGCAUUCCUUUGUUAUUGAGGCCCCGAGCACUCAGUCUUCUUCGCCUUUGAUCGUGGUAAAACUAUUCCCUAGACGUUGAUUUUGUUGAUGUAUUCAGAGGCUGUGGUCUCAGGUUAUUGGUCUCAUUUGGAAACAUGGAUAUGAAACAUUUUCUUCAUACCCUUCAAUGUUAUUGAGGAGAAAGUCAAAUUAAAAACAAACAAGGUAGAUGUCUGAUUCGCUCAGUGCUCACUACAAUGAUUCGUUUCUGAUCUAGUUUUAUGUCAAAGGAAGUAAACUAAACUGAAAUUGAUCUCAUCUAAAAAUGAGACGUUGCAAAUGAUUAUUUUUAAUUAACUCUAAGAAGCAAGAACUAUAUCAUAGGCACUGGAUUUUUUAUGAGCAUUUUUUACAAGAUGGCCCAGAAUGCAAAACUGCUUGUUAAUAUUGUUCCAAUACUUGGCUUGGGUGGCCCUUUUUUUAACAAUCAGCAAUACUCAAAUGCCCUGAAGAAACUAAUUUUUUUUAUCAAAAUAAGUUAUAUGAAUUGUGCGUAUAAAUUUCAUCCAGGAUUCUUACAGACUGACUCUUUUCUAAUUUGUCUGUCUCUGGGGUUUCCUAAUUUCCUAAUUUCGAGAAAUCAUCUGUGAUCCGUUCAUGACCCAUGAUAGUUCAUGAAGGCUCGGGGUGCCGAAAACCAGGCAGAUCAUAGCUCCACUCAUUCUUUUAUUGUACGAAUCACACGUGUGGCAUUCAUUGGUUCUUUCUCUUUUUAUCCAUAUCUUUACGGGCUCUUUAAUACACUAGUUCGUUGUGAUCAUCCAAGCAUUGCUUGAAUUUAGUAAGUCAGAUAGAUGCUUCUGCAGUUGCUCUCGGGACUCCACUAUGUUGACAAUGUGCUCAUUUUCUUGGGCCAUAUUCACGAGCAAGAUAUCAUUUUGAGCCUUAUACUACUAACUCCAGGACCUAUCAUUCUAUUAACUUUCCAAGAUUGAAGUCAAAAUAAAUGUGACACCAUGGUCUAAACAAUAGCUGCGUAUUAAAUUUUAAUUAAAUAGCUCUGGUAACUGCUUAUUCAGAAGAGAAAACAAAUGCACACAACUACCUGCUUAAUGUCUUUUGGCUUAUUAACUUAAGUUACCCCUUUUUUUUUUCUCUUUGCUUUAAUAACCGCAGUUCCUCCCUGUGGUACUGGUUCAUCACGUUCCUCUCUCUCUCUCGCUCUCUCUUGCUACAAUUUAGUAAAUGCUUGGUUCUGCAGAAGACAGUGGACCUCAUCCCUAAUAGCAUGGACAUUUAGGAGCUAGAAAAAGUGCUACUUGUGAACGAGAUUUUUGUACCAAAUUCAGUUGUUCACAUUGCUUGGCGGUCAUGCAUCGAUUUUCCUUUCUGUUUUAUUGAGACAUUCUCAUUCAUAGCAACAUAAGUUUUCAUCUGAAAAAGAAAAGAAUUAUUUCUUGAUGACGUCGUCCAUACUUUUGCUAUUUGCUCUGCAGCUUCUUACCAAUGUUGUCAUCCUUUCGUUUCUUAUUUUUUAUUGUUUUUUUUUCUUGAUUUUAAGUAAAUUUCGAUGCCUGCUACACUGUCCUUGAGAGAUAUCUCGGCUUAUCUAAGUGCUUGCCUUUUGUUUCAGGGAUCUCAUCUAUAAGCCAGUCGUUAUUGGUGAGAACUGUCUGUAG